AUGAAUCAGAGUUUUUCACCAGAUAAAAAUAAUAAACCUUCAAAAAUUGGUGACAUUGAAAACAAUAAAAGUGUUUCUAUGUUUGAUUGUCCUCAUCCUGAAUGUAAUAAAAAGUUUAAUAGACAUGAACAUUUACAAAGGCACAAGUUAAAUCACUGGCCGAAGGAGAUUUUUAGUUGUACUUAUGAGGGUUGUCAAAGAACUUUUGUUCGCAAAGAUUUAUGGAAAAGGCAUGAAAAGAGACACGAGAAUAAUAAGUCUAAAGAGAAGAAGAGAAUUUAUAAACAACCAAAAGACACAGUUUAUCCCACAAAUGUGGAGACAGAAUCGCAUACAGGCAUAGUACCACAUUCAUCACAGCCAUCCUCGGCUGAACCUAUGAAAAAGAAGAGUAACAAUAAAACGAAGGAAGAGAAUAGUACCAAUUCUGAAAAGCAAAAAGUACUGGACCAUAUAAUUUUGGAUGUUCAGCAGCAACCCUCUUUGGAAAAUAGUUUUUUUAAUAUGAUCUUUAAAAAUAAUGAAGUUACUACUAAUAAUACUAUCACGAGGAGUGGUAACAUGUCUACUGCGGCGGUCAAUAAAAAAGAUAAUGUUAUUAAAGCUGGGCGUAUUGACAGCACAGCUGUUGAUACCAAUAACAAUAUUAAUAUCACGGAUGAUGGUAAUAGUAUUUCACCAGCUUCAAAUAAUUUUGUUGGUAUCUUUUCUACAGCACCUGAUAGUCCCUCCAAUGACAACGACAUUAUUAAUAACAACGGUUUAAGCGCUUCAGAAGGGAAUGUUUUUUCAUCCACAUCAACCUCUUCCAACAAUGUCAAUGAUAAUAACCAUAAAAAUAAUAACAAUAAUACCUUGUUCACAAAUGACAUUUUUUCGCUGGAUUUUUUAGGUAAUCAUAAUAAUCUCAUGUCAUGUUCUUCGGCUACUGAUGUUACCAACACACCCCGUGAUACAAAUACGAAGACACAUAUUAAAAACGACGAUGUGAGACCAAGUAAAACCAAUUUAAGUGGAAAUAGGAGAAGCACUAGUACAGAUAAAUCGCACAGCUUCCGUAAAUUGCAACAGCAGGGUAAAUCUUUAAAAGAUAAUAAUAACAACAACAACAAUAAUAAUAAUAAUAAUAAUAAUAAUAAUAAUACUGGGAUGGGACAACAUUUUCAUUAUAGGCACCUAAAACAUUCUAGGAGAUCAACAUCCUCAAUAACAAAUUUAUCUUCGGCUCCUUCUUCUUCUUCUUCCUCUUCUUCUUCUUCUUCUUCUAACGCAUCGCAGCAGCAGCAGAAGCAGCAACAACAACAACAACGACAACGACAGUCUGAACCUUUUGUUGCGGCAGUAGAGAUGCGCUCUGUAUCUUCUACUCCCCUAAGUUCUAAUGUAUCCACUACUGCAGAUUUUGAUGGCAUAAGUCCACAACAACAACAACACCAGCAAUCAAUUAUUAUUAGGAAUUUUGAUGCUAAUCCACAGUUAAAAUACAAGUUAUUAGACUUCACCAAACUUUUCUCCUAUGUCCAGAAGCUACAGAGGAUUUCAUUCUCGACAUUGGAAAAAUGUUUAAAGUCUUUCUGGUUGAAUUUCCACAUUCAAUAUCCAAUAUUACACAAACCAUCGUUUGAUAUAAAUAAGGUCCAACCGAUUUUAAUACUAUCGAUGAUUAUGACUGGUGGCUCAUACUUAGGAUCGGCCAUGAGACAAAAUGUUUGUGAUGUGAUUGCAGUUCCGUUGAGAUGGAUUAUUUUUAGCGAUUUAGAUUUCCAGCCUCCGGCUAAAACAUACAUUAUUCAAAGUUUGUUAUUAUUAGAGUGUUACGAAAGAGCUAGCAGUAACAGAUAUUUGCACGAGAGGAGUUACUUGCACCACGGGACGACUUGUCAAUUGUUAAGAAGGACUCCUUCGUUGGGUGGGAACCCAUUAAGAUGUAUUAACAGAAGCGAAUACUCUUCAAAUAUGUCGUCAUCUUCUGAAUCCUCUUCUGUCCCUUCGUCUCACACCAGUCCAUUUCCACGCUCCGGUAACCCAUAUUCUAGUGAGGCCAAAGCUAAGGAAAAUAAUACGCACAAUGGUUGGGAUCGGUCUGGUUUUGCUACGGCACCGUUUUCCAAAAAUAAGACACAAAAGAAAUCAUCCGAUGCUGCUAAUGGCAAUAAUAGCGAUAUCAUUAAUGCGGGUUAUUCUUUAGCUGUAAUGAACUGGAUUGAGUUUGAAGAAUUGAAAAGGACUGCUUUCUAUGCUUUUUACAUUGAUACAACGCAUGCCGCGUGUUACGGGUACAGUAAUUUAUUCAUUCAGUUCAAUCAGGUAAAGUUAUCCCUUCCAUGUGAUGAUGUUCUUUGGAAUAGCUACAACUUGGAUAUUGUGAAGUUGCAAGAUUUUAACAAUAAAGAAAUUAAUUUUCAAACGGCAGUGCAGAAAAUUGUUGAACACGCAAUUUUUUACGUUAAUAAGGAAAAUCAAGCGUUUAGGUCAGCGACUAAGAGAUAUAUCUUUGAAGACUUCUACAACAGCAUCGGCGGUAACUAUUCUAGAAAGUUGUUGUUGAGCGGGUUAAUCUCUAUACUCUUUCAAAUCCAACAAACUCAUUCAAUGAAUGAUUUGUUCCCACAGGUGGAACAACAGCUCGGUAAUACUGAUGCUAGUAUCAGUAUUGACAUGAAACGGAGACUAAAUGAUGUCAUAGCCUUGGCCUUGGAUAUUUGGAACUUUCGAGUUUAUGGGUCAUGUAGAAACACAAAUGUCAUUAUUCCUGAUGACAUUUUGCAGUUGAUGAGUGGUGUUAAUCCGGGCUACGAUUUAAAUUCUGACGGUACUCUUAUCAAUGAAAGUUUCAACACGUCGUUAAACAAUGAUGAUUAUAAAUUAUAUUUAAAUGAUAGUCCUAACAAUAGAUGUAGAACUCCCGUGUACCAUAUGGCACACAUCUAUUUAAAAAUACAUCAAUACGAUUACUACAUAUAUGCGGGUGCUCCUUGGAGAAUGAAUGUUAGGGCUAGUGGAGAAGAUUAUGAAAUUGUUUCACAGCGAAUCCACCAUUUCUCACAGGAGAAAGAUAACGGAGGUGUAGCUGUUUAUUAUGCAUACCUUUUUUUAAUUGAAACUUUUUUGGAUGAAUCACAGGAUAAGUUGCUUCACUAUGAUGUUAAUAUAGAUUACUGUAUUACUAGGCCAAAUACCAUAGCUUUGUGUACUAUUUUGAUCUUUGCCUUUACGUUCAGUUUAUAUGGGCCUGAGGAUAAGGGUAUUUGGUCUCAAGAAAAAGGUAUCGAUUCGCAUUAUGAGCCGCAAGAGAAUGUUUUGGAACAUUUAGCCAGAAUGAAAACUUUGUUGUACAUUGACAAGGAGACUUUGCAGAAAUUAGAUGUUUUGGAAUAUAAGCAAAUUGUUCUUGAGCAAAAAAUUCCGCAUUUGUAUAAUCCAUUAAGUGGGAAUAAGAUAUCUGGGUUAUUGAAAUUUAUGGCACAGCUAUUUACCGAGAGCUAUUGGGAGUUGGGCAGAGAGUUUCAUAAGUUGAUUUAUAAUUGUUUUGAAAGAAAUCUAGGAAAAGAACAAGUGGUGUGUGAGAAUAUGUAUGAGACAAGAUGA